CAAUCAUUGAACCUCUCGGCCUUCACGUGGCCCUUGAAGAGCUUCCCGCAAAUACGCCUGUCCCAUAACUAUUUGAAUAACACUGACCCGUCCCCGAUCGCUCGUACGGACGCGGGACGCUACUCGCCACCUUCAUUGUCCUGGACUCUGGUAACGAUCUCCUCGGUUGGUAAAGCUGAGAACUAGACAACAUGAUAUCCAAGUACUGGCCGUCUGUCUUUGUUCUAGCAACGCUGUUUGCCCAUACCGCAUUAUGCGCGGCGCUUCCCCUGCGCCUCAUCUCCUUCAACAUUCGAUAUGCCGCUACGUCACUGGAAGCCAACGAGAAGCCGUGGUCGACUCGCAGGCCGCUCCUAAUCAAUCAACUUUCGGGCCUUCAGGAGGUCCUCAACAAUCAGCUCACCGACAUCAAGAGCGGCCUGGGCUCUCAGUGGGCCCAUCUCGGCGUGGGACGUGACGAUGGAGCCACUCAAGGCGAAUACAGUCCUAUUUUGUACCGUACCGACGUCCUGAAGGUCCUCUACAGUGAGACCAAAUGGCUGUCGCCUACCCCGGACGUGGUGUCGUUUGGCUGGGGAGCGGGAAGCCGCCGCAUCGUCACGAUUGGCGUAUUCGAGCAUAUCGCAACUGGGAAGCGGUUCAUACACGCCAACACCCACCUUGACAACGUCAGCUCGCAGGCCCGGAGCGAGGGUAUUAAAGUAGUGGUCUCGCGCAUGCAGGCGGCUCAGCAGACCUACGGGCAGCUGCCAGUGUCCCUCACGGGUGAUUUCAACUCUGCCCCAAACGGAGAUGCCUACUCGACGCUGGUGGGCUUGAACUAUGUCGAGGACCUGUGGGACUUGGCUCCGCACAUCGGCACAAACCAGCUCACCUAUACCGGUUUUUCCCAGACUGGUCAGAGCCGAAUUGAUUACAUUUGGAUUGGACCUGAAUCUGCCCUCCCCUAUACGGCACAGGCAAUCGAGAUUGUGGGUAACUAUGUCGAUGGUGUGUAUGUGAGUGAUCACAGGAUGGUUGUGGGCGAUGUUGUAGUCAAUUGA